AUGAGUCCCUCGAACAAUACGGACGAUGAGGGAUGUAUGCUGGUGAAUACUACACAAAAUGUGAUUAUUACUGGUGCGUACAAUGGUAUACCGCAAACACUUAUAUUGAACUUGGUAUCCUGGUUAUGCCUCAUUGUGUUGUUUACGGUGUUGCGACGAACUGCAUGGAACUAUGGCCGAAUGGCGCUCGUGCAGCGUACGAAGAGUCGGUGGACGAGCCUGUUCUAUCGUGACGUGGAUGGAGACGCACUGGUUAAUGGAAGACGGAGCUCGGAAGAAACCGUCAGUAUAGAUGAAGGAUUUUUCACUUGGCUGCCUGCCGUGUUCCGCUUGACUCGCGAACAGGUGCUGGCAAAGUGUGGCCCUGACGCUGUGCACUAUCUCUCUUUCCAAAGACAUGCAAUAACUCUAAUGUUUAUCGUCACAUUGAUAUCCAUCGGUGUGAUCUUACCUAUCAACUUUCAAGGAACUGAUUUGAAUGUAGAUUCCAGUACUUUCAGUAGAACUACCUUGUCAAACAUUAAUGGAAAAUCAAGUUGGCUGUGGGUCCAUACCCUGAUCAGCAUAUCGUUCCUUCCAGUAUCUGUUCUGAUAAUGAGAAGGUGUACAGGACGUAAACCAGUCCCAACGUCUAUGACAGGAACAAUUAUGAUCACAAACAUUUCAAAAGCAGAUAGAAGUGAGUCAACUAUAAGAGCUUAUUUCAGCCAUAAUUUUCCUAACAUCCAAAUUGUGGAUCUUCGUUUGGCUUACAACAUCAACUUACUAAACGAUGUGUUAGAAAAAAGAGAAAUGGUGUCCGAAGCCCUCUUAUACAGUGAAACUUACUAUAAGAAAACUGGAAAACGCAUUACUGUCAAACCAAAGUGGUGUGGAGGAGAGGUGGAUGCUUUGGAAUACUACAGCAAUGAAGAAAAGAGAUUGAAGGAUGAAGCAAAGAGAUGCCGAGCUAUGGUGUUGAAUGAUCCAAUUGGUAUUGCAUUCCUGACAUUACCAUCAUACCAGCUCGCUGAACAUGUAAUUAACCAUUUUAAUUUACACCGUGGCUGGGUCUUGAGUCAUGCUACGAAUCCAUCAGACAUUAUUUGGGAAAAUUUAAGUGUACAACCAGGCGUCUGGUAUGUAAAGGCUAUUAUUGUUAAUUUCUUUCUGUUUAUUGUUCUAUUUUUCCUGACCACUCCAGCAAUUGUUGUAAACCUUUUCAAUACAAUGGUAGCUAAACCAGAGAGUUCGGGGAGAAUCAGUACUGUAAUCUUUGAAUUCCUCCCUACCCUACUUCUCUGGACGAUGGCUGCAGUCAUGCCUGCAAUUGUUUCAUUUUCUGAUAAAUUUCUUUCUUAUUGGACCAAGUCUCAGCAAAAUUAUUCUAUCAUGACUAAAACUGUAUCUUUUUUGCUGUUGAUGACUCUUAUUCUGCCUUCUUUAGGACUGGCUAGUGCUGAAGCCUUUGUCACAUGGACUUUUAACCAUGAAAAUGACACCAUGAGAUGGGAUUGUGUGUUUCUGCCUGACAAGGGUGCAUUCUUCGUUAAUUACGUAAUAACUUCAGGCUUUAUUGGUACGGCCCUGGAAUUAAUUCGUUUUCCAGAAUUAUUCCUUUACGUAUUGUACUUGUUGCAGUCUAAAUCUAAAGCUGAAAAGAGUUACGUUAAGAAGGCCAUUCUUUACGAGUUUCCAUUUGGCGUUCAUUAUGCGUGGAGCCUUGCAAUUUUUUCAAUUACAAUGGUGUAUAGCCUCGCCUGUCCGCUGAUUGCGCCAUUUGGGUUGAUCUAUAUGAUCUUUAAACACGUAGGCGAUAAACAUAAUCUGUAUUUCGCAUACGGUCCAUGCGAUAUGAGUGGCGUAGGUGGGGGUAGGAUUCACUCCACAGCUGUAAGGCUUGUACGGGUAUCGGUACUCUUGUUACUCGUUAGCAUGGCUGCGUGGGCGGGUUUAAGAGCAGGGUUUGAAUCCAGAACUAUAGUCUUAAUUAUGGCUUCGAUAGUCGCUUUCGGUACUUUCCUGUUACUCAGCCCGUUCCCGAGCUGUACCCCUCCGGCACCUCUGCAGGAGGAGUCUAGUGUUCGGUUAACUGAGUACGUGGCGCCUGCGCUGACGAAGCCCAUGGAUACCCCUCUUAGCAGCACGCCUACGACUCCGGAUUAUGGGGCUUCGUCACCUGUGACUAAUCACUCAUACAGUCCUGAGCCGAUAAAUAUAUAA